CGUGACCCGCACUCUCCGGAAGUGACGUCACAACGUGCGCGUGGCGCGGAGCCGCUUCCGCAAACAGAGUUGCGGAUGGCUGGACGUGUUAGUUCAUGAAGUUUUACCAUCUAAGUAAUCAAAAAUGGAAAAUUCUGCAAAAGCAGAGGAAUGUGAAAAGAUCUCUCAUGAAGAGGCAAAAACAUCAAUGGAUUCAGAAACAGAGUCUUCAUUCAUUGUUAAUGAAAACACAACCUCUCCUGGGACUGAGCUUUCUGAAAAGGCUCCUACUUGUGGGCAAGUAGACACUCCAAAAAAGAGAAAAAUGGAGUUUGAAGAUGAUCUUGUAAAGGAAAGUUCUAGUUGUGGGGAAGACACUCCAUCCAAGAAAAGAAAACUUGAUGCUGAAAUUGCCCCAGAGGAAAAAGGUUCUGGUGAUGAUGAAGGCAUUUCAAGGAAAAGAAGAAUGGAAACUGAUGGUUUUUCAGAAAAUGAACCUACUGGAGAUGGCACUCAGAAAAGGAGAAAAAUAGAACUUGAAGAUGUUCCUGAAAAGCAAAAGAACUUGGAAGAAGGACACAGCUCAGCAGUGGCCGCUCACUACAAUGAACUCCAGGAAGUUGGUUUGGAGAAGCGUAGCCAAAGUAGGAUUUUUUACCUAAGAAACUUCAAUAAUUGGAUGAAAAGUGUCCUCAUUGGAGAAUUUUUAGAAAAGGUGCGACUGAAAAAAAAACGUGAUAUCACUGUUUUGGACCUGGGAUGUGGUAAAGGUGGAGAUUUGCUCAAGUGGAAAAAGGGAAGAAUUGACAAGCUAGUUUGUACUGAUAUUGCUGAUGUUUCUGUCAAACAGUGUCAGCAGCGGUACGAGGACAUGAAGAAUCGUUGUCGUGAUAAUGAAUAUAUUUUCAGUGCAGAAUUUAUAACUGCUGAUUGUUCAAAGGAACUUUUGAUUGAUAAGUUCCAUGACCCAGAAAUGUGCUUUGACAUCUGCAGUUGUCAGUUUGUCUGCCAUUACUCAUUCGAGUCCUAUGAGCAGGCUGACGUCAUGCUCAGAAAUGCAUGUGAGAGAUUGAGCCCUGGAGGCUAUUUUAUUGGUACCACUCCCAAUAGCUUUGAAUUGAUAAGACGCCUUGAAGCUUCAGAAACAGAAUCAUUUGGAAAUGAAAUAUAUACUGUGAAAUUUGAGAAGAAAGGAGCUUAUCCUUUAUUUGGCUGCAAAUAUGACUUCAACUUGGAAGGUGUUGUGGAUGUCCCUGAAUUCUUGGUCUAUUUUCCAUUGCUAAAUGAAAUGGCGAAGAAGUACAAUAUGAAACUAGUCUACAAAAAAACAUUUCUGGAAUUCUAUGAGGAAAAGAUUAAGAACAAUGAAAAUAAAAUGCUGUUAAAACGAAUGCAGGCCCUGGAGCCAUAUCCUGCAAACGAGAAUUCCAAACUUGCAUCUGAGAAGGCGGAUGACUAUGAACAUGCAGCAAAGUACAUGAAGAACAGUCAAGUGAGGUUGCCAUUGGGAACCUUAAGUAAAUCAGAAUGGGAAGCUACAAGUAUUUACUUGGUUUUUGCAUUUGAGAAGCAGCAGUGAGCACAUCACAUAUGCAGUAGCACCAGAACAGCUGUGUUCUUUCUUGUACCGAUUUGAAUGGUCCAUCUUCCAUAGAUCUGACAUCCUUGUUUAAUUUAAUUAUUCUCAACGUGCAGGAUGCUGCUGGAAACUACAGUGUAUAAAUUCAACAUUUGCUGUCUGUGACAGAUGAACUCUGUGUGUGUAUAUAAGAGUGAGUCGGGGCCCUUGUCUUUAAAAAUCUAUUUUUAAGUAAUGUUCUAAGAAUUCCAUUUGCCUCCACUCUCUUAGCUCAUAAAAAUUAUAAAAUGACUUGUUAAAGCCUCUGAGUUCUUUCGCCAGUGCUCUGCUUUGUCCAGUGUUUAUUUAGAGUAUUAAAUUUAUUGCAGUCGUAGAAUUGGUGAGAGUGUACUAAUUCGAGGGUGUGUGUGCUUAUUUCCUUAGUUUUGUUAGUGUUUUUUAAGAUUAAAUUAAUUGCAUUCUGUACAAUUGAAUGUAAGUGUUCAAUAUAUAAUGCUUAAAUUAUAAGUUUAAAACUAAAUUUUAGAUGGUCAUAAAAGUUAAUUACCUAGAAUUUUACACUGUCCUCAUGUAAUGGUCUUAGUUUAUUCUAACCAGUUAUUAAAUUUCAUUAUAAGGAACAACUACUUCAUUUGCUAAUAUGAUGCAGUUUUAGAACUAGAUAGAACAUUUCAAAUUCCAGCAUAAAAUAGUUUGGAUUUGGGGAGCUUUCUCUUAAGAGUUUCUUACAAUAGCAAUUAAUGUUUCUAAUUAUCAAGGAUGUAAUUCAUAUCUUUACUGAACCAAAAUGCUGUAGGUGCUUUUCUCAACAUUUGGUGAACCUCUCCCAUGUGAACCUGUUUGCACAUUUUCUUCAGCUUUAUAUAUGGAACUGCAGUUGGGGUGGCGGGGUGGGGAGUGGGCGGCAGCGUGGUGGUAAAGGAAGCUGACUGAGAGACUUCGGAGGAAUUCACCCUGAUGACAGGUCUGAGUUAUGGGUGCUGCACGCUGUAGAUCCGUUAUCCCCUUUGGCCCAGAAACAACCAGUACCUGCUCCUCUGUUACCACGUUGUACUUGGCACAGUGGGUCUGACGUCUCAUCCCCAUUCAGAAUUUGCAUGUACCAUUUCAGAACCCUUAAAGUUGUCAGCCCUGGCUUCUUGUGUGACUCUUUGGAAACUGACACCAGUGUGAAUUGUUGUCCUUAAUUUAUCACCGUUUAAAAACUUGCCAGUUUUUUAUAUGUAGUGAAAAAUUUAAAGAGCAAAGUAGGCAAUUUAUACAUGCUCCUUUAAAAAUCACUUAUUUCAUGCAUGGUUUUAAAAGACAUUUCUUUCUAUAAUUAUCCAGAGAACUUGUUAAAAAACUGUCGUCUCUUAAUUUGUUUAUGUGUGUUGAUUGUUCAUGGUGUUAGAGUAGCAAACCUUCUAGCAGGACAACACAGGUUACCUAACUUCUGUUCCUUCCACAAUCUGUCCAUCUCCAAACUGUUACCAGUUUACAAAAAUGGUCAUUUGCCUUAGUGGUGGUUCACCAUAAGUCAUUGAGGAAAAUAAAUAGCACUUCUGCCUGGUGGCUGCCAUUCACCAGCUGCGGUUUGGUGCUGGUGCUGGGGAGGUGGGGGUAUUGAGCUCUUGGUGUUACAUGCCCAGGUUCAUUUCAGUUCUGGGGGAGGUGCCAGAAAGUAUUGUGAUAGUUUGGGUAGAGUAUGAAAAACUUCUCUGUUAUUUCCUACCACUGUCGUCAUGUAAUGGUCUUAGUUUAUUCUAAGCAAGUCAUAAGGCAUAUUUUUAACCUCCUUCUGCUCUGUCCACUCCAUGGAUAAUUUGGGAGAGAGAAGAAUCCCCAAAGGGUGGAGUAAUUUGUGAUGGCAAAACCAAGAGGAAAGGAAGGUGGGGCCCCCAGGCCUUUAGUGGAUAGAAAGGUGCACAGAGAGCUGGAGUGGGCUCUUGGUCUGAGCGGGCUGGCACGUGUGGAGGGGUGUGUGGAGCCUCGCCAGAGGGUGCGGCAUCCCAGCCGUUGCCCUUUGAGCUUUGGUGGCCUUGUUACAUUCUCUGCUCUUCCUCCCUGACGUCUCCUCUUAGGGGUCUGGGUAGUGAUUGAAGAAGAACUGCCAUCACCAGGGUAAAAGCUUGUGGGACUCCUCCACACACAUCUGCAGUCUAAAUAUUUGGUGAUUUUCUAUCCAAGACUAGUGGAAACUGUUAGGAGAGAUAGGAUGGCUUUUCAUUGUCAAGCCAGUGAUGUAAACUGCUCCUGGAAGUGGCUCAAGGGCAUUUUCAGACCUGCCAUUCAGUUUGUCCUCUGAGGAUGAAAGUAGAAGUGAGAAUCAGCUACAGCAUUUGGGGAAAGAAAUCGUGAGGGAUAGGCUGGGAACCUGGCUGGUUGUGGUGUAACUGAGAGCACACAAAUGGAACUCUUUGGGCCUGGAAUCCAAUAAAGCAAGGGCCAGUGUUCAGUGGAGAACCUGGCCGUUUCCCACUGCAUUCUAAGGGGAGUGUCCUAACCUGCGGGUGGUGACUGUGCACUUGGGCCACCGAGCCUCCACUCCAGUGUGACUCCCCAGAGAAAUUUGCCUUCAGAGAGAGAACUGAUUAUAGAGACUGUGACUUAAACUAACUAAUCUUUGUGAUGACUCUGAAAGGUAGAUUAUCAGUACAGGGUUUCCUAACCUACCCCUCCCCAAACUUGGAAAGUGAGGAAGUAUGAUUGCUGCCUAAAUUCAUGUUAAUAGUAUUUAUAGGGCAUCAGAGCAGAGGGGUACAAGUGAGAUGGGCUUGGAGGUGGGUGUGAUGUGGAUCAGCAGAGGAGAGACCACAGAAACAUUGUCAGCUCAGUUGUCCAGAUCUGCAGUCCCUUUAGCUCUUCUGGGUAUUUAUGCAGCCUUUCUUAGUUUAUUGCAUUAUGUUAUUUUGGUAAGUCUUCACGUAUCCUAAUGAGGAUUUGGCUUCUUGUGCAAAUCUGCCUGUGGGGAAGAACUGCCAGUGUAAAUAUUCUAGCUACUGAACAUGAUUAAUAGGAACUGACUUUUGUUGUCUACCUCUGGUUUUCAAAGUAGAGGCCAGACCCAGGGACCACGACCUUAUAAUCACAGUUGUACCAUAAUGCUCAUGGCCCUUUGGUCAAACAAGAAGCAUGGAUGUAUGAUAUCACCACCUCCCUGGUCGAUGUUACAUCAAAUGCUACACACCUGAUACGAAGUUUCUUCAUUUCUCACCCUCUGACAACAGCAUUUCUGAUUCUUUGAAGGCAGUCGAUAACAGUGGCUGAUGCAUGCAUUUAUUUAAUGAUAGACUUAUUUAGCAGAUAUACGUGGGACUGGGGCUGGGGCACAGCCAACUCUUCUCCACCUCAUGUCCUUCCCAAUUCCUCCUCCGUUCCCAUUUAGCCCUGGAGCAUGUGUGCCUGCUUCUCACUGCACUACCUAACAAGUAUAGGGCACACAGGAGUACUCUCCUGGGUUUGCCUGGCGAGGCUUGGGUGAGCUCCAAAGCCCUCUGCUACCUAGACUUACCCUAGGCCAUGUGUUCUUGGGGACAGUAUACCCUGGGUAAAGCCAUGUUGACAGCUAACAUUUACUAAGUUCCUCCCUUAUGUCAGUCACUUUUCUAAAUGAUCCUUACAACAACUGUAUGAGGUAAGCACCAUUAUCCCUGUUUCAAUGAUGAGGAAAUCGAGAGACAGAGAGGAUACAAAGUUGCCCAAGGCAAAGCCAAGAUUUGAACACCCCAUAACCCCCAGGUCGGGCCUGCACUCCAGUUGCACGUUACAUGCCUCCAGGGUGUUAGGCCUAGAGGACUCCUUGCUCAUCCGCUACCUGCAACUGGAAACAUUAACUAUUGGAGCUCCAUCCUUUGGGUGUAAAACUUUGAUACUUAUUUAAAUGUUCCCUGAGAGGAGCAUUUACUCCUGAGUAAGGAUUUGGGGCAGAGAGAGCAGGAGGGCCCUUGAGUGUACUAGGGAGGAGGGUAAAAAGGGAAUAAUUCAUAGGCAGGAAGGCGAAGGUUUAAACUGGGAUUUCACAUUUUGGUAGGCCUACUCCUUUAGUAGCCAGACCUAGAGCAAAUCUAGUUUGUAUGUUAGGGGCUGACACUGGAAGUGGCAGUUAGGAGUUGAGAGGAUGGCCGAAAGGAAUCAUCUCUUCAGUCUGAGUUGAUUAUCCAGGCAGAGGCACAUUAUUUUAACUUUUUAUUGAAGAGUAACAUAUAUAUUAAAAAGUUGGUGUUUUUCACAAAUGGAAAACACGCAUAUAGUCAGCACCCAUAUCAAACAGUAUUACCAGCUCCCCAGAAGCCCCUCCUGCUCCCUUCCAGUAGCUGCCUCCCAAGGGUAACCACUAUCUCAACUUCUAAGAGCAUAGGUUACUUUUGUCUGGUUUUGGAUGUUAUAUGAAAAGAAUCAAACUAAGUGUUCUUUUGUACUGACUUAUUUGGUCGACAGUAUAUGAAAUUUUUGUUGCAUGUAUUUGUACAUGGUUCUUUUUCAUGGCUGUAUAGUAUUCCAUUGAGUGAAUAAACCACAUGUUAUUUAUCCAA